AUGGGUGAUCGAUACAACAUUCACAGUCAAUUAGAACAUUUACAAUCAAAAUAUAUAGGGACUGGACAUGCUGAUACGAUAAAAUACGAAUGGUUAGUAAAUCAACAUCGGGAUAGUUGUUCGAGUUAUUUGGGACAUCCCGAUCUGUUAAAUUUCUUUGCAAUAUGUGAAAAUGAGGCGAAAGCAAGGGUGCGGUUUAACCUGAUGGAGAAAAUGUUACAACCAUGUGGUCCGCCACCAGAUAAACCUGAAGAUUAAAUUAAGAUUAGAUAUAAUAAAAAAGAAUUAAAUUUUCA